ACCAUAGAUUGUGCAAGUCUUAUAAAAAAAUGGCGAUUGUUAAAUUUUUGUUGAGAGUUUGAAAGCACAAUCCUCAAGCACAUAUUUAAAACUUUAAAUAUCUGUUGGUGAAACUGUGACUAUAAUAUUCUGAAAAUGGCUGACGCUUUGGUAGAGCGGAGACCCACCGCUCGGUUUUUCUGCCACAGGUGUAACAUUGAAUUCGAAGAUGUUUUGCAGGAUUAUACAUGCCCAUACUGCGCUAGUGGUUUCAUUGAACAGCUUGAGAAUGAGACAGAGGGCCUGGCAUUAUCAGGAGAUGACUUCAGUGAUGCGGACAUGAGCAAUAUUGAUGAUAUGAGCAAUAUCGAUGACAUGAGCAACCUGGACGACUCGGAUGAGAUACACCACUUGUCACAAGGCACCCCUCCAAUGUUGAACGAUCUCGCAUUCCUAAUGUCCGGUGGUCGGUUACGUAGAGGUGCAGGGCGAAGGGAGACACUUAUGGAACAGUUGGUGUGGAUGAUAGGUGGCGCUAGACCGGCUACUGGGGCCGUGACCGCAGGAGCACCCUUCGUGCUCGUCGGAGCACCCGGGGACUAUGUGUUUGGCGGUGAAGGUUUAGACGCAGUAGUGACACAGUUGCUAGGCCAGCUAGAGAACGCGGGCCCACCACCCCUACCGCGGGAGCAGAUUGCGGCGCUGCCGUCUGUGGUCGUUACCGAGGACCAAGUUGCCGCCAACACCUCCUGUUCUGUCUGCUGGGAGAACUUUCAGUCUGGUGAAACAGUAUCUCGGUUAGAAUGCGACCACAUCUUCCACGCGAAUUGCAUCGCGCCCUGGCUACAGCUGCACGCGACGUGUCCCAUCUGCCGGCGCUCGCUGCUGGCCGAGGACGCGGACGCGCCGCCUGACGCCGCGCCGCCCAUUGCGCCCGCUGCACCCGGCGCCCCGCCCGCCGCGCCCGCGCCCGCCACCCCGGCCGACGCUGCCACCAAUCAGUACCCGUCUCUAACACAACUGCUAGUCCGGCGACUACCGCGGCGCGCGGGGCCCGGCGGCGCGGGCUGGGCGGCGCUGGGAGACUCCAGCAGUUCGUCGGCUAGCAUGUCGACGUCGUCCUCGAUGACGACGGGCGCGGUAUGGCCGCCGCCGUCGCGCUCCAACACCAACUCCACCAGCUCUAACUCGUCGUCCUCGCUCAAUUCCACGGAGCGGGAGCGCCAGUACAACAUGGACAUUGACUUCGACUAGGGCUCCGCGCCUGAUCUGCUCGCCUGGUACUUUAUCGCUUGACAGUGACGUUCGCCUCGGCAAUGGUUGUGUUGGUGAAGUGUUAUGUUGUGAUGUGACCGUGAUACGAUAUUGUUGGAUAGUAAGUUGAAUCGUUUAUUUUUUUAUUUAUGUCAAAUUGAUAAUAUUUUUUCAUAAUGUCACAUGAAUACGACCAUUGUACGAGAUCUAUGUAUAAAAUAUAUAGUUAUACCAUUACUUAAAGUUCUUACUUCUAGAUUAGAUCAUCAUAUAAAGGAUCAGUCGGAGUUGUGUGCCUUUCAUUUGUAUUUGCAUUGUAGUGUAAAAGUUCCAUACAAAAGGACACAGUUGUAAUAUUGUUCAAAUGUCACAUGCUUUGUAAGGCCGAGCACUAUGUCCUAUGAUAGAGACAGCAGUGUGUACGUACAUUGUAACAUUAUUGUAACUCAUAUAUUUUUUGUUUGAAGUUUGUCCCCAACUGUGUACAAAAAUUCAUGAGUAAGUAACAGUUAAUGUUUGUCAUCUGCAAUUUUCUUUAUUGCAUUCAUUUUAUUCUUUUGUAAAUUUUGUAAAUAUGCAUGUAAGUUUAAGAACUUUGCUAUAAGCUGUAGUAUAUUAAUACUCAGAUAAAUAGCUGAAUAUAUAUUUCGCCAAAUGAAGUGAUUUUAAAUUGGGUUUUAUUGAAAUAAGGGGAGCCUUUUACUAAUACUACAUAUUAUUACUAUAAUCAUCUAGUUAUCCAAGUAUUGUAUAUGUAAAAGGAAUAAUCCCUAAAUGUUGACAAUGCAAGAAUCUUUGAAUUGAUUAAGCACAUAAUAAAUAAUAUUUUUUGUAUAUAGAGAAAGUUUAAAAGAAUAAUACUUAUUAGUUUUUGCUUUUUGGAAAAAAGUCUUUUUUGUAGUAGUAUCCUUUAUUUUGGAGAAGAUAAUUACUCACUAGAUGUUAUUUAGUGAGUGUAUAUGUAAUGUUAGACGUAGGGCAAGUAACAUAUUGAUUGGUUGGUAUUACGUAACACCGCGACUAGACUACACUGGUAGGACCGCGGUGUGUGACGGGUGCUUGCGUUGUGUGAGGUCCCGGGUCCUAGACUACUAAUAUAAGAUAUAUGGGGCUGUGAGUGCAUGAGAACAUUAAAUUAUUUUACUAUUGUAAUAUUUCGUUUUGACUGUGUGUUCUGGUUGUGGUUUGCUCAAGUGUAUAGCGAUACAAGUUGGUUUGAAGAUGUAACAAUUCAUAUUACACUCACUAUAUCAAUAUAGUGUUCUUUCAGUUUUCAAUUUUCCUUAUAUGUAUUACGAUAAGACGAAUAUGUGGAGUGUGAAUGUGAUCUUAGAAUAUUUAGAUGUGUCUAUCUUCUUAUUUUUGUAAUACACAUGUGGCAGGAACAUUCCUGGAAGUGAUCAAUCAUUUAAUUCCACAAUGUUAGCAAAGUGAGAAGGUCUAACGAAGAAUUAUAUUCUAAACAUAAUGUAGUGGAGUAUCCCCAGUGAAGUGCGGCUUCAGUGGAGAUUAUUGAGCGUGUUAGUACGCGGCGACCGUGGCCUCGCACUACAUUACGGAUGUAAGUAAUACAACAGCUCACAAACAACAUUUCUGUAAUAGCUGUUAUCGAGAAUCCAAUGUUCCUAUACAACACACAUAGGUUACUUACUAGUGUUGAUUGGACAGAUGUGUCACCAAGCCCACUCGAGCUUAUAGCUACUGGCGCUUCUAUUGACCCUAGGCACGAGACGAUAGCUCUGUAUAACAUUAUGUAUUUAGUUAUUACUCGCCUAACUAUUACUCCUAAGAAUAAGGUAGAAAUCAUUUUAUUAACACGCUUAUAGGAUCUUGGUGAUUCAUGUGUCUCAAAAUAUGCAUUUCAAAUUUUAGAUCCAGGGCAACCGGAUCUUAAGACUGAUCUCUUAAGUGAUAAACUACUUAAGGUAAAUAAAAUUUGAAAUUGUAUUUUUGUAUAAUCAUCACAUAUUCGUAGUAUAGGCCUAAAUAUUCAAAGAGUUGGUGGAGAGCGGACCUUUGUGACAUCUAAACAUCUUGUUUGGUGAACUAUCGUUAAAAAUGUCAGCACUUCUAUAAAGUAUUUUCACCUGGCUCAUAUUUAUUAGUAGGUAGGUUGGAACACGCCAGUUUAACGUAAAUUACGGUUGGAAGUAAUUCAUUUGACAUGGAACUUUGUGCAGUAGCGGUCGGCCGGCGCCGCUGUCUGUAGGGCGGUGUCAUAGACAGGUGCGGAGUGAAACACAUUAGGAUUGUUGAUCGCUCGUGCUGAUACCAGCAUUAAUGUAUUUCGAAAACUAUCGACUCUAAUAAAACAUUGAAUCGAUAUGUUCAGUCCAGUGUUAUGUUUAAUACUGCGUUCAUAUUGACAAAUAUAUUUAUUCUAAAAUGUAGUACAUAAUAUAAAAUAACUAGUUUUUACACAUUUUUAUCUGAUCAUAAAAUAGAGGUGGUAACUAACAAAUAUGAAAUAUACCUGUGCUUACUAUUGUUUGCCUUGAAUGGUUUAAAUUAAAUGAAAAAGAGUAAAAUUAGAAUGCAUUCACUAUCACGGCAUAACAAUGGUUCCUGGCAGGUCACUCAUUGGUCUGUGACCAUUUAAAGACUGCAUCUGUCGAGAAAAUUAUUAUAAGAAGUUUUAUAUUACUCAUAGUUUAGAAAUAUAAUAUAAUAACAUUGUGGCAUAAUAAUGUUCACAUAUAAAUAAAUUUAGAGAUUAAAUGAAUUCAAAAGCAGAAAAAAUAUAAGUAACUAUUUAUUGUAGUGAUAAUCAUAAUCAUAUUGUGACGCACAAAGUUCCAUAUCAAAUGGUCGACUUGUUACAUAAUGUAUAAAGGCAGUCAUGUAAAAACGUUAAAAUUACUAAGGGAAUGUAAAUGUUUAAAUAACAUAAAAUUUUAAUGUAAAGUUUGAAAAUAAAUGCAAGUAUAUUGA